AGAGGGUGGCGCAUGCGCGUUGUGCCGACGCCAUCUCUGAAAUACUGUGCCUAUUAUUUCUUGUUCUUGAGUAAUUUGAAUGCUAAUUUGUGGUAAAAACUGUGAUUCAGUGAUGGAAUUAUUGUGCCGCGAGUGAAAAAAAGUGUUCGUACUAAGUGUUUGCUCAGAACAGUGCAUCGUUAGUGACCCGCCGUCGGCGCCGUUGCGGAAGUUUCUGUGCUAUAGCAACGCAUAUUUUUUGCGGCUAUCACCGCCGCGGUCACCGCACAGGGCUAUUUCAUGGACUGUUCUCGUCGACUCCGCUAGUGCUUACGCUUCGGAGGAGAGUGUAUAGACGCAUUUGAUAUGAAUUCUGCUUUAAAGCCGGUGCUGCCCCAGCCGGGGGUGCCGCAGCCGGGCGGGCAGGCGAGUCCAGCCAAGGCGAACGUCGCCAAUGCCAACCACGCCGUGGGGCUCCCGCAAGGAGCACAGAACUCUAUGCACCACGGCACCAACAAUCUCGUCGGUCAGAACUUGACGCAUCACGCACCGGCGCCGCCGGCCCCGGCUCAUCCUGUGCCUUCCAUGGCCCCGGUCACCGCCAACAUGGCACAAAUGGCACAGAACAUGAGCCACCACGGCAACCUCUCGCACGUCACCCAGAACUCUGUGACUCCCACAAAUGUAGCUGCUAGCCCAAACAAGAGUGCCAGCACUAGUGCUACAGGACCACUCAGCUUGGUGGCGGACAAACCACAACCUUUGGCCUUGACCCGAACUCCUGAAAAGAAAGAUUCUGAGACUCCUGGACAAUCAAAUGGCACAGUUGAGUCACCAAAGUCGGCUUCUAAUGCUCCAGCUGCAUUGAAACCUCAGAAUCCAGAACCUAAUAAAGAAAAGCAAGAUAUUGCUAAAACAUCACCAAGUACUCCAAAGCCACCUGAAAAGCCAACUAGCGCUCCCACAACUCCUCAGAAAAGUGAACCUGCCGUUCCAGUGAGCACAACAGAUGGUGCAAGUCAGCCUAAAGUAGCUACAGCUAAUGAAGCCCCUGAAAAGUCUCCUUCUAAGCCUGUUGAGCUGAAACCUGCACCAACAGCUGAUGUGGCUCCCACACAGAGUGAUAGCAAGCCCGUUCCAGAGUCAGCUAAUGACAGUCAAUUACAAGAGAAAGCACCAACUCCCCAGAAAUCUUCAGAUGCUCCUGCUGAGGCAGCUAAGGCAGAGAGUCCUGCUAAACCCGAAGAGAAGAAAGAGGAGCCAAAGCCUGAGAAGCCAGCACCUAAUGGUACUGAAGAAAAGGAACCGAAAGAGGAAGCUAAAGUUGAGAAAAAAGAAGAAGUGAAGAGUGAACCUCCUAAGAAGGAGGAAUCUGUUGAAAAGGAACCUCAAAAACCACAGAAGCCUGAGGAAAAACAGGAAGAGAAGAAGCCUGAGACAAAAACUCCUGCAAAAGAAUCUAAAGCUGCAAAGUCAACUAUAAAGUUGGCCACAGUGACUCCACCUAUGAGAAAGAGGAGACAGACUUCCCCCAAGCCUUCUGAAGGACCCACCCCAGCUAAGAAAGCUGCUUUGGAAGGCGAGGCAUCCACUCCUGAUUCCAGGAUUAAGAGAAACAGGACACAGGUGCAGUUGUACCAGUCGCCGACGCCCGAGCUGGCGAUGGCCACCAAGCUGUCAGCGUCCGCCGGCCGCUCCACGCCGACCAAACCAAACGACGACAAGCUUAUUGUCUUUUACAAGAAUGAAUACCUGGCCGUACGCAACGCCGAGGGUGGAUUUUACGUGUGCCAAACGACGCAGAAUGUAUACCGUACCACGCGCAAGAUCAAGAUCCGCUGGCUCUCCCAGGACAAGUCCGACCCCUCGGGCGAGACGUACAAACCUGACUUCUAUGACGUCACUGACAUGGAAUGCGUGCUGACGACGCUGUCGCUGAAGCGCGUGGAGGGCGGCGGCGGCGCGCAAAUCCUCAAGCCUGCAGAGGAGGCCCGCGCCAAGUCCAUACUGGAGCGAGCGCUGAAGGCCGAACAAAGUGGUGCUAACAACAUGGAGCUCACCGAGGAGCACCCUGAUGGACUGGACCUCUCGCUCUAUACGGACGAGUCUCAGUUGGAGAAGAAGACCAAGUCGCGCAAGCGCACCAGCUCCAAGUCAUCGCCGCGAACCAAACAGGAGUCCGCUAGUGAGACUGCGAAGGAUGCAGCAACGCCUGCUAAAAAGGCGCGAACGACACCCAAACGCAGUCCGAAAAGCGGGCGCAAAACGAAAGUGACGCCUCCAAAACAAAACAAUAAGCGAAAAUCGGCAGGUAGUACGCCUAUAAUGGCGAGCACAAGCAAGGUAGGCAUAGUACAACGGAUAUAUAGAAAUACGGCAACAGCGGUGACUGAGAAAGCUAAAGGGAAGAGUACGCCUAAACGCACGCCUGCCAAGGCAAAGGUUGAGAAGGUGGAGAAACCAGUGCCUGCCACGACCAGUUCUACGCGCAAAGGCAGAAGGAGUGCUGCGAAAGUAGAUAAACCGGCGCCCGUGACGCCCGUGCCGUCGACAUCGACAGGCAAGACUACCCGCACCCCGCGGAAGCCGCCGGCGAAGAAAUAAUACCCGUGACGACAGACCGUCGCGGACUUAUAGUGAACGGACAAUGUGAGAACGUUAAUGUUGGGUUUGUUUAGCCGCGUCGCUAGUGCCGGUGGGGUUGGGAUUUUUUUUUUAACAAUUUAUUAUAUUAUAAUGUAUAAGGGAUGGAUAUACAUAUCUAUUUUCUGCAUCCAAUUGUUCAGCCUCUGCGGCUACUGCACGGGUUUGGCUAUCAUACGCGGCGCGAUAAAUAUCACGGGUUUUGAUCAAUAGGCGCAGCAAAUUCUAUCUCCGAUCUGCAUUCUGUGGCUAUUAGUUUAAUGGUCUUUCCAAUUACAUAUCGAGCGCCACGCGACCAACAUCGCGAGCACCAACCAGUAAGCUGUACGAUGACGUUUCUUCAUAGACAACAUUCGCUGUUUCUAUUGAUCGAAAGCUGCGUCAUUUUUCUCUUCGCGAUAAAGUUAUCCCACGCAGUACAUUUUAACACGAGCCGCUGCAGCGGCAUGGAUUACGUAUCGCACACGAGACGACAUAUAACGCGGGCUUCAAAUCUUUAAUCAAUAGACGUACGACAACGGGGGCUGACUAGAUAUUUACUUAUUUUAUAUAUUUGACGAUGACAAUUCCCGUCCGCACUAGCGACGCAUAAUCUAAAACAUUAUAUCUUCUAGAAGAUAUUUAUUUUUGUGUACAACUGUCUCUGUCAGCAUAAUCAUGUUUUAUUUUUAAUUCUCUAGCAGUUGUCUCCUGGAUAAUUUACGUUUUAAAGUAAUAUUUUAUUUAAUACCGACUUUAAAAGCCACACGGGACGAACACCCUUGUAAUAUUUGCAAAAUAAAGUACAUACGUUAACAUAGUCAUAAAAUGUAAGCACAACUGGUGAAUUUUUCAAGGGAAGAUUUUAAAUAUAUUUAAAUGUAAGAAACUAAGAAAUUUGCUCAUAAGAGUCCCCCUACAAGUUUUCGUGUACCUAUUAUUAUACUUCCAAGGCAUUUAUUGUUUCUAAAAGAUACAUGUUUACUGUCAAGUAAAAUUGUUUCAUUUCGAAACACAUGAAGUAAAGGCCUACUUCCAACGGGUUCCUCUUUUUUACCUUUUUUGGGUACGGAACCCAUCAUGCCGUGCAAACUUUCUUUCACGCGAUUUUGCCUUAGACAAAAGUAAUAAUUCUAAAGCAAUAAUAUUAUUCCUUAUUUUUUGUAAAAGUCGAGCAUCACACUCCCAAGUAUAUUUCUUUUUAUAAUCUAUUUAAGAUGUUUAUCUUUUGGAAACUAACAAAAACUAACUGCAUCAUUAGGUGUUAGGAUUCACUGUAAAUAUCUACAGUUAAUUAUUAACGAAACUAAAAGUGUUAACAAGUUAUAAAUUGUUUUUAAGGGAGUUGCUUCAUUCGUUCAGUGCAUUCUUAGCGUGUCGAGUGAUUGUUUAAAGCUGGGUCGAUGUCAAUAAAGAAUACGUCUCACGCGCUGUGCGCUGGAGCAAACUUUGACUUACAAACGCAUCGCGAAUUCGCGACUAUUCUUUAUUGAUGUGGCCCUGCCUUAAUAUCUACGCACUAAGUUAUGCGCCUAAGUUUAACCGCCUAUUAAUUGUAUGGCGUACAUUAAGAGAUCAUUGAAUUUUAAACUGUAAGUCUAAUGUAUUUCAGAGGUGUUUUACCUGACCUAUUGUUGGCUAGUCUUAUACAAGUCUAUUAGUUGUCAAUGGAUAUUUACUGUGCAAGUUUACCCUCUAGAUACGAACGAAUGGACGCGGUCACUCCCUAAGACAGUGACUCGAUAUCGAAAGAUGCCUCCUUCAAUUAGGCAAUAGAAUUAGAUGUUCUUUUUAUAAGAUUAGGCUAAAACAAAAGAAUAAAAUUUAGUAAUGCGACGAAAAUCUUGUAUAUCAGUACAAAGAAUUUAAAAAAAUAUUAUCAGAUAAUGUUUUUAUCACUGCACAUUUGCUUCACAAGAAUAUAUUUUGAUAUGGACAGUGUUUAUUUUAAGAUGUAGUGUGUUGUGGUAUAUUUUGAUUAUGAAACGUUACGGGAAAUUCAAAAACGUCUUGUAUUUGUAUUGUUUGAUAUACUGGACCAAGCAUUGAACGAACAUUUUUAGACCGAGGGAUAUUGUAUCGUAACUGUACGUCACUGCCUCCUGUAAGUCUUCAUGGAAUGUGUAUGUUACGCGAUAGAUAAAUCAAUCAAAUCUAUUUAAGAUAUUAGACAAAUUCAUAUUCUAUGUGAAAUACUAGAUAAGUAGGGUUCCGUUGGAGCGAGUUCAGCCUGUUGUCGCCAUGGUUAGCCAAGUGCCGGCACUCCCUCGGGAACCCUCCCUGUUACAGACCCCGUUAUGGCCACGAUUUUUUUUGUCAGUUAUAUUGCGUCACCACCUCAAUGUAAGGUUGUUUCUUUAUAUUUGUUGCAUACAAGAUGGCCGUACAUUUUUUGUUAUAUUGUUUUCCAUUAAAACACUUAUGUUGUUACAUUAUACCCGACAGCUCGGUGUGGGUGUGAGUGUGUGUGCGACAUUAGAAAAAUAAAGUACCUUCUAGGUCGUAUUUUUAAAAUAGGAUAAUUCUAAAGAAGAUUAAAAAAUAAGCUUAGAUUAUAAAUUAUUGUGUGUGUAUUUUCUGUUUAUAACGUGUACCUAUGUGGAGAAUGCGACGCUGGUCCUCUGGUACAGUAGCUGUAAAACAUAUUUUAGCGUUUUAUACAAAUGGAGAUAUCAGUUCGAGAGUACUAUUGUAACAGAAAGUCCACAAAUUUAUAUGCAGUUCAGAAUUAAAAUAUAAUAAUUUAAGAAAACGA